AUGCUUUUGGCAUCACGACAGUGCCUCUGCCUCACCGCAGCAGGCUGCAUUCUCUUGAUCAUAGCCACCUUGUACCGAUAUUCCCCGAUCGCGUCCUAUACAAAGCUAGAACACUCAGCUUCACCCUCGUCCGAUGCUUCACCAGUCAGUGACGCAGCCAACUCGACAUUAGGCUUCCAAGCGAUCUUCGCCCUCUCCGCCGGCCCCUCCUGGCGAACACGAGGCCUCCUCGCCGCCGCCAACCUCACGGGACUAGAAAUCACCCUCCCUCCCCAACCCCCCAUCUCCGCCGCCGUAGUCACCGCAUUCCAAGCCCUAGGCGACGGCACCCACCCAACCCAAGGCGCCAGCAAAGCCUGGCUCGCGCACCUCGACCUGAUCAAACACAUCCACCAAUCCCGUCUGGACACCGCCCUAAUCCUCGAAGACGACGUCGACUGGGACCGGGCCCUGCGUAGCCAAGCCCCGCGGAUCGCCGCCGCGGUCCGCAACCUCACCCACACCCCGCCCACCGAGGACAACAACAACGACGCCCCCUACGGCCGGGCCUGGGACCUCCUGUGGCUCGGCCACUGCGGCGAGUUCUGGGAGGACAGCAUCGAGACCGUGGUCUUCGACGACCCAGCCACAAUUCCGCACGCGCAGUACUCCGGCUGGGCGAGGGAGUAUAUCGCGCGGUUGCCGGACCGGCGGCGGGCGGUGUAUCGGUCGUAUAAUCCGGUGUGCUCGUUCGCGUACGCGCUGUCCCGCGACGGGGCGCAGAAGGUGCUUGAGCUGGUCGGGGGCGGUGGGGAUGAGGCGUUUGAUAUUGCGGUUAUGCAUCAUUGUCGUGCGGGGAGGCUGGAGUGUCUGUCUGUCGUGCCGGAGGUGGUGCAUCAGUAUUUCCCGGCGGAGCGGUUCGGGGUUAAGAGCUUGGUGGAUGUGGGGAAUGGGGAGGUGGAUGGGCCGGGGAAGGGGGAAGAGGAGGGGGAGGACUUUGAGGCGGUGAUGGGGUCGACGGAGAAUAUACUGGAGAGUGCCAGGUGUUGGGCUUUAUGGCGGCAGACGUGUUUGAGGCUGUAG